GUGUCAUUGUUAUGUGUAAAUCUUGCUUCAGUUUGAAGCGUUGGAAGUUCCGAAUCCUAACACCCAAAACUCCAAAGCCUCCAUUGAAACAAUGUCGACAUCCGUGAACUUAGAAGAUGUUCCGUCGGAGAGCCUCAUGUCGGAGCUCCUCCGCCGCAUGCGGUGUUCCUCCAAGCCUGACAAACGUCUUAUUCUAAUUGGCCCACCUGGAUCAGGGAAAGGAACGCAAUCUCCUAUAAUUAAAGAUGAGUACUGCUUGUGUCAUUUAGCCACUGGGGAUAUGCUGAGAGCUGCCGUUGCCGCCAAAACGCCUUUGGGCAUUAAGGCGAAGGAGGCCAUGGAUAAGGGAGAACUUGUUUCUGAUGACUUGGUUGUUGGUAUCAUAGACGAAGCAUUAAAGAAGCCGUCAUGUCAAAAAGGAUUCAUUCUUGAUGGAUUCCCUAGGACUGUGGUGCAAGCAGAAAAGCUUGAUGAGAUGCUUCAAAAUCGAGGGACUAAAAUUGAUAAGGUCCUUAAUUUUGCGAUUGAUGAUGCCAUCUUGGAGGAGAGAAUUACCAGACGUUGGAUCCACCCAGCUAGUGGUCGUUCAUACCAUACAAAGUUUGCACCUCCUAAAGUACCUGGGGUAGAUGAUGUCACUGGAGAGCCUUUGAUACAACGUAAAGAUGAUACUGCUGCUGUUCUCAAGUCAAGGCUGGAAGGUUUCCACAGGCAAACUGAGCCGGUCAUUGACUACUACGCCAAGAAGGGUAAUGUAGUGAAUCUUCCUGCCGAGAAACCACCACAGGCGGUCACAGCUGAAGUCAAGAAAGCUCUCUCCUGAUGGAAGGAUGCCAAACUUUUUUGUUUAAACAAUGAACUCUGAAUUUUGGUUCAACCCGUUAAUUUCUAGAUGACUGACAGGGCUAUUUAUCUUUUAUGGCACUAGCUGGUAUCAACUUCUUAUGAACUUCAGAAAAAUGUUGCUGAAUUUUAUUUUAUUUUUAACAUUGAUAUCUACUGAGCUUUUGCAGUUCAGUAGGAAAUUACACAAAAUUAUUACUCUUAGCCAAGCCAGGAUGAAGUCAAGAGUGUAACAGAAGAUGCUAGUUGGAGCCACCAUUUUUGAGUGUGUGGGAGGGUAAUUGAAGAAGCUUCUGGGUUCUGGAUAUGUUAUUUUCAGUAGUCGCUUUUAUGAAACAUUACUAUAUCUGUCAAGAGACUCUUAUCAUUUACAGGUCGCUCCACAAAAGCAUCUCUCUUAGCUGCCGUCUUUUAUAAGAAAACAGUUUGUUUACCCUGAAAUAAUGUUUCUUGAGGUUUAAGUUCUUACGAGAAGAAAGGAGUAUUUUUAAA